UCGCUCCGUUGCUAUGCUAUCUUGUGUAGACAUUCUCCAGGGUGAUGGAGAAAAUGUAGUUAUUCGGCCUGAAAAUACACAACGUUGUUCAGUUUAAAACGAAAAUUGUGUGAAGCGUGACAACAAUUACGGUACAGUAUUAUGGCCGGUAUAAGGAGAGUUAACGGAAAAUUAUCGGGAAUCAACCCAGCUGUCAGUUGCUGUCGCCUGCAUCAGGUCCAGUCUCUGCUCUCUGAGGGUGGCACUGCCACUCCUGAUGGCAUCCUGUGCUCUCUUGGAAUUGACAGCAGAUAUAAUGAGGGGUGCACUGAGUUGGCAAAAUACCUGUUCUAUGGACUAUAUGGAAGAAAUCAGCUGAAUCUGGAAAAUUUUCUUGAGGAAUUUCCUGAAGAAAUGCUGGAUGAUGUAAUCCUGCUGAUCAAGGCGGAGAGUGUUCAUCUGUACUGCAACCCAAUGAACUACAGUUACCUGUUGCCUUACGUGUCCCACUGGAGGAACCUGCAUCUCUACUGCAUGACAGAGGCGGAGUAUGAAGAUGAGGAAGCAGCAGAGGAAUUCAAAAUCUCCAGUUUUGUCACAAUGGUACAGGACUGCUAUCGUAUCGGAGUACCUUACAGCUCCCAGGGACACGUCCAGAGGUUUGAUAUGUUUAUGGUGGAAAAGUGGCCCCUAAUUCAAGCAUUUGCCCUGGAAGGCAUCGGUGGAGGAAGCUUUUUUACCAUGAAAUACAAGCUGAUGGACAUGAGUGAGAAGCUGUGGCAGGUUUACAACAGACUUGACCCAGUGUCCCUUGAUGAUCUCCUCACAGAGGACUUGGUUAACUUUGAGAAGCAGUGGAGUGGCUUUUUCUCCAGCAUGGACCUGGAGAGCCAUCUCUCCAUCUUGGAGCUGUCUGAAGCACAGGCAGGAGAGGCAUUCCGUACUUAUUACUCUCAUGGACUGAUCUCAAGCAACAUCACAGAUAAAAGUAAAAGUCAGCAGCCCUUUGUGUUGUUUGGGAAGCAUUCCUCCUUAGAGGAUUUGGAGAGUUAUUCGUUCAACUUUCCCUCAGAGAGUCAUCAGGUCCGCAACACAGGGCCUCGAGGUUCUACAGCCAGACACAUGAUUCUGCAGUGUGUGGCUCCCAAAGGACCUCUAGCCUGCUCCCGAACCUAUUUCUUUGGGACCACCCACACUCCAUUCCUUGGAGAUCAAAACACAGAGCAAAAGAAAACAGAAGUGUUACUUUUAUCACAGAUUUAUUCAGCUGCUGUUCAAGCAGUCCUUUCAGGAAUCAAAUGCUACUCCUGUACCUCCAGUGCUACCAAGGCUAAGGAUGUAGCAGAGAACACCUUUCUAGUGGCUUUGGACUCAAUGAAUUUAAGUCAGUACCGCAGUUCUCUCAGGUCCAAAUGUGAAUUCAUCAUUCAAGCAGUGAAUAAGGAAGGAAGGAUCAUUCCUCUGACUGAUGAAAAAAGCCGUUAUGUAGUAAAAACAGCCUCCAUGACUGUCCAUGACAUCCCAGACCUGCAGUGGGACAGGGGGGACCUGGGCUCUGUGGUCUUCUCUGAAUCCUUCUUGGAGUCCAGCAUCAACAUUCAACAAAAAGAUGGCACUGUGUCCUCAGACAGCUGCUACACCAUCCUGACUACAACUGUGCCUCGCUACGCCUGCUGGCUGAUGGAAUCUGAUGUCAAGCAAUCUGAGCAAGCCCAACAUCUUACUAAGAAAGAGGAAGGCACUUGUUUGGGAACUGCUCUGACAGUAGCAGAUGCUGCGUAUGUGUUCUCCAACAGCCAGCUCUCCACACCUGAAGAAGGGAAAAUAAUUUUCUUCUCUGAGGGACUCCUGUUUAUCCAUUCUCAAUAUGGAAGCAUUACCCUGUCCAAGGAUCACAUCAGCACCAUCAAGUUCUAUGAUCCGGACUCCAGUGCUGUGGCGUCUCUCUUUGUGGAAUAUGAAGGCAGCCUGCUCCCCCACCUUCCGUUCCCUCUCCACAGCUCUGACCAGUGUCUGGUCUUUGCUCUUCAGCCCAGGUCUAAGAGCCACAGGGCCUUCUAUUCCAAGGUUUUGUCAGUGUGGCAAAAUUCUGAAUCUGGACUCACUCUGCAAUUGGUGGACCAAGAGCACCUGACCUGGACCCAGAAAAACAUGCACACCAGACUGCAGAAGCUGCACGACAGUCAGGAGCCACCAGUGGCCAAACGCAGAGGCAGUCUGAAGACUUCAUACUCCCAGCUGCCAGAGCAGGACAUGUUUCUUCAGCACUUUGCUUUGAGUAGUAUUGGUCAGGAGCCCAUUCUGUAUGACCACCUGGGGGUGCUCUUCCCCUCUGCAGAGCUGAGGAAUCCAGUAAACAGUCAGGGAGACAAGGUUGUGAUUACCAUCGUCACUGGAUUGCCGGGAAGCCAUAAGAAGAGACUCUGCAACUUCCUGGUCCAGUUAAACAAGGAACAUGGAAGGUGGGUGGUGUAUAAGCCUGGUCCUGACAGCUGUGACAGCUUCUCAGCCUCUCACCUGCAGCAGUAUUUGUCCAGCUUCCUGGAGAGCCAGAGAGGCCCAGGAGGCAAACCCCGUCUGUUGGUGCUCUCAACUGGAUACACAGAUGUUCUGGAUGUGGUCCAGGCUGUGCUUUUCCACCCUGACCCAGUUGUCCAAGCAUGUUUCACCAUCGGCGCUGUCACUGCUUGUGUGGAUCCCCUCGCCUCCUGUAUGGAGCACAGGUUUGCUUUUCCUAAGCUGUUGGAGCAGUGCAGCCAAGGUAUUGUGAGUACAGUGGUGUUCACUGGGCUGACAGCAGAGCAGAAGCACCCUCUCAUGCAGCAUGUUCAUCAGUUGGUACGCUCUGCCAACCCCACCGCAGCCUUCAUACUGGCAGAGAGAGGAGCUGUCACCAGGACUGAAGAUGUGAAUCUGAUAUUUUCUGAUAGCAGCUUCAAUGAGCCACAGAUGCUGAGAGCACGUUAUGUCCUCUACCCUGGAUGGUGCAAAGGGCGGUUCAUCUCUGGUUCUGGGUCUCUGGUCCUCACCCAGCAGCACGUGGCUUUCAACCGGCCCCUAGAGAGGCCUCUAUUUGUCACCCGCUGUAAAGCAUUCAAGUCAUCACUAAGGCCAAGCCCCUUCCAAGGAAAUGUGUACAAUGUUUGGGGAAAAGUCAGAUUUUCUGACUCAGACCAACUGAUGGAGGUGAGAUACAACACAGUGAGCGGGAGCCUGAGCAUUGUCCCAGACCAGAGCAUUGAACCUCUGACCCUGGGCUCCAAAGAGACCAACACAUCCUGCUUCCUGAUCUUUGAUGGUGUUGGCCUCACUGAGGAUGGACUGAAGGACUGGCUCAGACUCUGCGCCAAGCAGAGGCAGACAAAGAAGCCUAAGAAGACUAAAAACACCCUUUUACCACAAGAAAUCAAGCACAUACAUAUGACCAGGCACUUGGACCCACUACCACCAGGCUACUUCUACAACGGUUAUCAAUAUAUUGACAUCUUUGGCGAAAAAAGGAACUUCCACCCCAACAUGGAAGAGUUUAUUAAAGAGUACAUCACCGACGCCAACAGAGAGAUCGAGCUGUUCAACCGUCAGCUGGAGCUGCAGGGACAGCCUGACCUGUUUGAUCCAUGAUAGAAUCUGUCUGUAUGUCCACUGCCUCCAUCUUUUUUUUUUUUAACUCUAAGGGAACCACUAUGGGAGGGACAGGGAGGGCACAGGGAUUAUGUGCUGAACACUCCACUAGAAUGAUCAAUGUGUGUUCACACCACAUUCAUCUGCAGAAACUGCUGCUGCUAGAAGUCCAUUCAUUAUCUAUGUACUAUCACUAUCACUGUCACUUUGUUUGGUGGCAUAAAAAGGUUGAGUGCAGGUGAGCUUUUAAACGAUGACAUCACCCAUCAAAAGCCAGUCAUGUCAUGGCAUGGCUGUUUGCCUUACUUCCUACUGCAGCAACACUAACUGUACAGUUAGCACUUUGGCAAGUUAGAUAUCAUAUUUAUCAAAUGAAAGUGGCAAACUGAUGUGGUCACUUGUGUUGAUUCAAAUUAAGACGUUUGUCAAGAGAUGAGAGCUGCUCACAACUGCAGACAAAUCUGAAACAUAAUGCAACACGAGACUCCAUCUUUAAACCAAUGUGAUUACACCUCUAAGCCUGCAAGCUAUGAGACUUUUACAAUUGAAGGGAAUUUCCAACCGCGCAGUCCUACAGCUUGUGCAUUUCUGUUUAUCACAGUUGGCAAAUUAAUGCCUCUAUUUCUGGACAAGCAUGGAUAGCCGUGUGAUUCUGGUGGGCUCCCUAGUGGGGUUUCUCAAGAAUCGCUCCUCCUCUGUUGUCACCCAAUCCAUGGCCCACCUGUUAUCUUGUCUGCGAGCCAUGCUGCAGCAGAGGGAGUGCUUGGCCAUAGAGCUGUAAACAUUGGACAGCCUGCUGGCUGCUGACCACUGAUGAAUGAUGCUAUUAAUCAAAUAGCUAAACGCCAUCCCAUUCUUUAUUUUAAGACUCCUAAAGUAAAUCUAAUAAAAGUGCAAUAAAGCGGACUUCAGUCCCUGCAGCAAUGUGUUAUAGUUAUAAAACAGCUGAGGCUGUCAAGAAACACAUUGAAUCACUAAGGUUACAUGUCCACCAGAAACAUUUCCUUAAAGCACUGUAUUCUGUUAAUUAUAAUGCUGCUAGUUAACAGUGAGAAACCAGAUAGACACAGAAAGUUAAACUAAGCCUCACUGCUGCCAGGUUACCCCUGCUUAUUUUACCAUUUUGGUCAAAAUGUUCUUUUGUUGUUGCAUGUGUUAUAUGUGUGGACAUUCCCAUGUUUUCGUUUUUGAUUUUUUGGGGUCACUGAUUUUGGGUAGGACAAGGGGAAAAUGAAAUAAUCUGGGAAAACCUUGAUUCAGCUUAUAGUUUGAUUAGGUUUGGGUAAACAUCAGUAGAGCCUUUAGUGAAAGGUAUAAGGCUUUGUAUCAGUGGUAUGAUGUUGCAGAGAAUCUGACUAUAUGUCCUGUUUAAAUUAGUAGUUAUGCUACUGUUUGCUCUGCAAUCGUGUGUCACACUAAUGUUCUAUGCAUGUCUCCUCUUACCAGGGUUCCUACACAGCUGCAUAUUUGGGUAGUAUAAAGUGGAAAACACACUGCCGUUGCAGCGCCGUGGCGUGGCAUAUGUCACGCAACCACUGAAAUUCAAAAUUGUGAUAUCUAACCAAACAAGCAUUUCAAAGUAAAAGAGUGGUAAAAAAAAAAAAAAAGUGGAAUUUAGAAGUUGAAAAUGUGUAGGAACUCUGCUACAGUCUCUGGAGAUUUGAUGGCUUACAUUCAUUAUGGGGUCAGCAGUGUAACAUGCACACUAAUUAACAACCUUUGGGUCAAGUAGCGCUAGGUUUGUCUUGAAUUAAUUGAUACUGACAAAGGAACAUUUAAAUGCAUAUAGAAGUGUGCACAUACUGCUGCUACUAUAAUGGUACAAUAUAUUACAUUAGCCUUUGUACACUGUACCAAAAAAAGCGCCUGUACUGUAUAAUGAGUACUCUGAGAUUGUAACCAUGGCGGAUAAGAGCGGAAGGGUCUUUUUGCUAAGAGCAUAUUUUAAGUCUAUAAUCUAAUUCCUUAGCAGAGGGGGGAAAUGCUUGCUAGUGUGGUGAACACUUAUUCGCUGCUGUUAGAUUCGUAUCUAAACAGAUAUUUUUAGAUCAGUGAUCUCCGAGUAUUUCACAACGCCGGCUAUGUCAUGUUAUACAUGUCUGUCUGUCAGCGCUGUGAACAGCCAGUAAAAUUGAAAGAAUCAAUAAUUUUGUUUUCAGCUGGCAGACAAACAGAGUGAUAACAUUGUUAGCAAGUUAUUUUCCACCAGAUGACCCGUGACUAUCUGUACAGAUUCGAAUAAUCCUGAGUAUGAACUCAACCUGACACUGCUGGCCCCAUCCGUCCACUUUGAUCUGAACAAGCCAUACCAUCUUAUGCUAGAUGUGCCACUGUCUUUUAGAAGAAUAAUACAAUACAUAGAAUAGCACAUAACAUAGCAAUGAAGUAUGCCUCUAACAUGUAUUACCCUGGCAUGUUCCAGCCAGCAAAUGAGGAGUUCACAUGGAGAGGAGCUCACCUCGUGUUACUCAUUCCAUUAUCUCCUCUCUUACAGUCCUUCUCUUUUACUCUAUAAAAGAAGUGCAAUUGUACCUAAUGUUUUUAUAUAUUCUACUUAUAGUACCCUCAAAUAGCUCUUUAAGGAUAAAGCCGAGCAAACAAAUCAGCUGCUAAAUUCUCAGUCUCUCACAGCUUGUAUUCUGUGGUCUGCUGGAUUCUGGCUUUGAGUGCUUGUAGUUCACAUAACACCGUAAAGGGUCUUAACAACAAGUGAAGGGUUUUGUUGCAAAAUGAGAUGCCACUUGAAAGAAAGCGUUACCUCUGCUUACAAAUGACUGAUGCUGUAGAACAAAAUGCAAACAGAUUACAGUGCUUUUUUUUAAGUGGAGCAGGUUGAUAUGUAACAUAAAUCCUUUGCUGACAAAAUGAUAACUCUUGUUUAAGCUGGAUCCUCUGUUUAGCGUUUCAGAGAUGCACUCUCAAAGCCGUCUGUUUUGAGCAACAGUUGCUGUCAUUCUGUAGUUAUGUAAUACUGCAGAGAGUUACCUUGAUUGACAGUGAAAUAGUUGUGAGGCUGACGUAUAGAAGACUGAAGGUGCCAUGACUUUGAAACCUGCUACACUUGUCAAAGAGCAGAGAAACUGAAACCAUAAUUGGCCAAGAGAUCAAAAGGUUGUCCUUAAAGAGUUGAGGGUUAUGUAAGAUGUUUGAUAUUUAAAUCAAAUUACCACUAACACACACACACACAUAAACACAACUACUAGUGCUAAGUAUGUCUACACUAUUUUGCAUGUGUUGAGAUGUCAUGUGAAUAUGAUAACACAUAUAUUCUGACAAAAUUGCCUUUCACCAAACUGGUACAACCAAGAGAAAAUAUUCACAUUUAUUUUACAUAUCUGCUAAGAAUUUGAAUUACCUCGAAACAACAAAUAGUAUUUUUGUAAGACAGUGAAUUGAACAUUCUAGAUGCAAGUAAAACGUCUCCUCUCGCACAAGCUACAAAAGCAGAUGCAAUUUUUUUGUAGAAAAAAAAACUUGAGAGAAUCUGAUCGGUUGUGAGAUGUCAGGUUUCUCUGAUCCAGCAGUGCCUUGGCUACGGCUAAGAAAAGCAAAGAUUAAAACUGCAUUCAGUGCUCCAUCACUCUCCCUGUCACAGGGGGAGGAGGUGUUGUCAGGCAAGGAUCCGUCCUUCAACAGUUUUGGUGAAAGGAAUCCAUGGAGUCGUUCUUUAAAGCAAUGUGUUUUUACUAAGCCAGAGGGUAAAGUAGACGAGGUCACACGGGGGAGGCCACUGGAGGGCUAGGGACGAUUCAGGUAUUCUUGCAAACUAGCCAAAAAGAUGUUGGAAUAUGGGCUGGGUACCACAGUGAGUACUGAAACCAGUACAGUUCUGAUACUUAAAAUUGAUUUAGGUUCACAGUGGUACAUUUCUUGGCUUAUUUUGGUUUAUUACAUGACUAACAGAUCAAAUUCAGUUAUUUUCUUAAAUGAAAAUAUACAUAUACUAGAAGGAAAGCUGCAUUUUUGUCCAUGUUCCUUUAAAAUAAUGGGAAAUAGAAUGUUUAUCCUUUUUUUUUGUGCCCUGCCCUAGUUGGGAUACAAAACCUUGAAGUUUUGUAUCACAGUAUGAACAAAAAAAAAAAAAAAGAGGAUUGAGUUUGUGACUAAAGUUGUGUGACCCCUACUUAUUGCACAUUGGGGUCCCAAAGAGCCCUCCACAAGCCUCUCAGUGUGACUGCUACGUAGCUGUCUGGCAGACUGAGCACCCUGGUGUCUUCAUCCCGUAUGUGUAGGCUAGCCAUUUUGUAGCUGAAGUUAUAGGACAAAAACAAAGUUUGGUGUUAAUUGGGUUUAUAUAAAGUGGGGAAAUGUGAUGUUCUUGUUCUGCAAUGUGAUAACGCAGUGUGAGAGGUUUUUGUUCUUCUUUAGUUUUGAAGAUUGUCUCCAAUGUUCAAAAAGGCCAACAGUGUGGAAUAUAUGCUCUUCUUAUUGGAUACUGGAUGGUGGAUAUUUUUAUGGUAUUUUUGUGCUUAUUGGAGAAAGGCGGCUUGGAAAUAGAUUUUUAAGUGUCCAAAUAUUUCUCAGGCCUCAGGGGACUGUUGGUACUAAUUGUUUGGGCCGUUCUGUCGUAUCGAGGUUAAAAGGGAAUCACAGGCUCUUCGCCCCACAGUCCUCACAGACAGCGAGAGGAAUUUGCUCAGGUGUACUUAUUAUUUCCAUACCUGAGAUUACAUUUUUGCCCAAUCAAACCCAAGUGUUAUAGAAGAAGAUGGGGGUGAAAUUGUGGUUGAUAUCUUCUGUCUGUAACCACAUACCGGCUAGCCACACAGCCAUGUACAAAAAAAAAGGACGUGAUGAUGGUUGAAUUAGAUCUGGGGGGAAAAGCAAAGGGCUCAUUUCUUCUCCCCUAUCUACAGGCUGUCCAAAGUAAAAUGGGGGGAAAAAACGUAUAUAAAUAACAUAUUGUCUCUAUUGUAAUGAGAAGCUAAAAAAAACCCCAACUAACUUUAAAAGUGCCAAACUGACCUCCACAUUUUGUUUUGAGAGUGUUCACAGCAUGGGAGCAAAACUGCAUUUGCACAAAACUACUGUAACUUCUGUUUUUUUCCUGUGACUGAUGCUUUUAUAAUCUAAUUGUUGUUUUUUUGCACCACAUGUUCCAUUAAAUAUUUAUAUGGUU